AUGAAAAUCGCGGUCGAGGGCUGUGCUCACGGAGAGUUGGAAAAAAUAUACGAAUGUGUUGAGACAUUACAAGAGAGAGAAGGAAUAAAAGUAGAUUUAUUAAUUUGUUGUGGCGAUUUUCAAUCAGUACGCAAUAAUGAUGAUUUACGAGCAAUGGCAGUGCCUGAAAAAUACCACAAUAUUUGUACUUUUUACAAAUAUUACAGCGGAGAAAAGGUUGCUCCCAUAUUAACAAUAUUUAUAGGUGGAAACCAUGAAGCGUCGAAUUAUUUACAGGAACUGCCAUUUGGAGGAUGGGUAGCUCCCAAUAUUUACUAUCUAGGAAGAGCCGGAGUUGUUCAAUUUGGCAACUUAAGACUUGGAGGUUUAUCAGGUAUAUUCAAGAAUCAUGAUUAUUUACAAGGACUCUGGGAAAGCCCUCCAUAUACACCCAACUCAUUACGAUCAGUUUACCAUAUAAGAUCUUUGGAUGUAUUUAGACUAAGUCAGUUGAAAGAAAAAGUUCAUGUUAUGUUGUCACAUGACUGGCCAAGAGGAAUUACUAAUUAUGGGGACAAGAAUAACUUGUUGAGAAGAAAACCAUUUUUCAGAGAGGAUAUAGAAUCUAAUAAACUAGGCAGCCCUCCAGCAGAACAGUUACUAAAUCAGGUGAAACCAGAUUACUGGUUUGCAGCACAUCUGCACUGUCAAUUUGCUGCCUUAGUGAAGCAUGAUGACAACAGUGAAACUAAAUUCUUGGCCCUAGACAAAUGUUUGCCAAAAAGGAGACAUUUGCAAAUCUUGGAUUUGCCAUCCGAGUUUGCUGGUGACAAACAGUUGAAACAUGAUCUAGAGUGGUUGGCUAUUUUAAAAAAUACUAAUCACCUAUUGUCCGUAAAAAAUAUAGAUUGUCAUCUACCUGGGCCUGGUUGCAAUGAAAGGUAUGACUUUACACCAACACAAGAAGAAAAGGAUAUGGUCCUAAAAUUUAUGGGCUGUUUAACAAUUUCCAACGAUUCAUUUGUUCAAACAGCCCCUACAUACAGGCCCAACACACCCAAACGUGCACCAUAUGAAGCAAUUCUUAACCCACAAACUGCCACACUAUGUGAUAAACUCUGUAUUGAUGAUCCUCUGCAAGUAGUUUUAGCAAGAUCUGGCAGAACAAUGAAGCAACCUGCUUUUAUUGAACAUUCAGAUAGUAUUGAAGGUAAUGGACAAAUACCAAAAACCCCAAUUAAAUGUUCACCUAUGACAUUACCAGCACCGGUUACACCAUGUCAAAGUGAAGAUUUAUCAGAAACAGUUUCUGCUUUGAACUAUAGUAGAAAUAGUUUUUUAUCUGAGAGUGAAAAUGUAACUUCAGAAUGUGAAACUCCACCACAGACAAAUAAAAUUGUUUUUAAGAGACGCAAUUUGGCUAUGUAUACACCUGAAGAUGCUGAAACUGGCAGCAAUACAUCAGGUUCACAGGUAGAGUCAGAUAGUCCAAAAUCAUGUAAGCUUGCAUGUCGGACUAACCCUUUAUAG